AUAUAUUAUUUAAUUAAUAGCACAGUACAUAAAACAGUACACCUUUUUACAGAUUAACGGAAGUUGAAUUCUUAUAUUUAAAAAGAGAUUCCGACUAGUUGUAAACUCGACAACGCGUGCAUUUAGUUUUAUAUGGAACUUAUCAAUUGAAUAUAUCUAUAUCCUAAUGUUGGCAUUUAUAUUUAGUAUCAAAUAUAAGUCUAAGUAGCAACUUACUUGUUCAGUGGAUAUGAUAAUUAUAUUUAUAAUUAGAAAGGUUUUAGUUAUCCUAUUAAUCACCAUUUCAUUUAACAAUAGGAUAAUUCAAAUCUUUCUAAUCAUUAUAAAAAGUUAAAUUUUGUUUUUACAAUGAUUUUCAGAAAAAAAAUUUCAUCUUAUCUAAUACUGAUUAAUGAAUUUAUUCUUUUUUUACUGUUUCCCCUCUCCUACCUUCAAUUUGAACAAACUUUCUAUUUCAAUUCAAAUUAAUGAUUUACUAUAUUUGUUAAUUUUAUCCUUUAUUUAUCACUUAACGUCUUUGAGAGUAAGAAGGAAAGUUUUUUUUUCCCAGAAUUCUUUAUUCAUAAAUUAUCUCAUCUAGUUAAAAUGGUUGUUGUGAAAGUUGCUAUGAGCUAAAUAAAACAGUAGUUUUCAUCAUGCAUCCAUCACUGAUCGACAGCAGAUAAAGUAUCGAAAGCGCAAAGUAUAUUGAGUUGUUAUUUCGCUUUAAUUUUCUGUAUUAUUCAGUAACGUGAAUCUUCGUCUUCAUAUGAAAUCAUCUCAGUAUUAUAAGCUACCUAACUAUCACUAUAGUGUAAUGUCAAUUUAAUCUCACCUGUAAAAUGAUACGCCUCAUGUAACUUGUGUUUGUUGGGAAUAAGUUAUUAUUACUUACUUAUACCUGUUACUCCUAAUGGAGCAUAGGCAGCCGACCAGCAUUCUCCAACCCACUCUGUCCUGGGCCUUCUUUUCUAGUUCCAUCCAAUUCUGGUUCAUUUUUCUCAUGUUUAUCUCCAUUUCUCGGCGUAAUGUGUUCUUUGGUCUUCCUCUUUUCCUUUGGCCUUCAGGAUUCCAUGCGAGGGCUUGUCUUGUGACACAGUUGAGUGCGUUUCUCAAUGUGUGUCCUAUCCACUUCCAGCGCUUCUUCCUGAUUUCCUCCUCCAUUGGGAUCUGGUUUGUUCUCUCCCACAGUUGGUUGUUGCUAAUAGUGUCCGGCCAACGGAUCCGAAGUAUUUUGCGUAGACAACUGUUAAUAAACACCUGUAUUUUCUGGAUGAUGGCUUUCGCAGUUCUCCAGGUUUCUGCCCCAUACAGUAGAACUGUCUUGACAUUUGUAUUGAAAAUCCUGACCUUGGUGUUGGUUGAAAGUUGCUUUGAGUUCCAGAUGUUCCUCAGUUGUAAAUAUGCUGCUCUUGCUUUGCCGAUCCGCGCCUUCACAUCUGCAUCAGAUCCACCCUGUUCAUCAAUGAUGCUGCCCAAAUAUGUAAAGGUUUUUACAUCUUCCAAAUCUUCUCCGUCAAUUGUGACUGGAUUGGUUCAUGCUGUGUUGUAUCGGAGAAUCUUGCCAAUUAUUAUUACUAUAUACAUAUAUUUCCGACAAUUUAACAUCUCAGCAUUAUGCUGGGAUGUUUACUAGUAGCCACAUUGCAACUUGGUCGAUAGAAUUCAUAUCAGUAUUAAUGGAUUAGGCGAAUGUGACAUUGUUCACUUCUCAGUGAUCGAUCAGCUAUAAAAUUAAUUCAUUAAUGUUACUAAUUAAUUAAUUAAUUAACUUCAUCUCUCUAUAACCUAACCAACUUGGGUAUUGUUUCAGGUUGUCGAAUCUAUAGUCAACAUUUCAAAACAAAUGAACAUGAGCAAAGUUUAAAAAUUUGGAGGAUAAUAAACUAGAUGAAUAGAAUAGAGACGGGAAAUUAUGUAUACAGUGUAUUUCAUUUCUGCUUUAAAAAAUAUCACUGUAACGUGUUGCAAAGUUUGCAUCACAUUGAUUUGUAUUUCUAUUUUCUGAUACUGUCAACCAAUAAUAAGUACAUGUUGAAGGUUUUAAAAUGGAAAAGUUAUGGUUUUUAUCAUGAGUUAGAUCAGAUUGUGUUUUGUAUUAAUAUCCACUAUAUUGUAUGGUUUACCUACUUAAUAUUAAAUAAAUAAAUAAUUUCCUAAUUAAGCUUAAUUACAUGUGUGUAAAUAACAUAUAUCGUGUAUUUUGUAGAAUAAAACAAUGUCAUGUUUAUGUUUCGAAGUAUUGACAGUAUAUGACGUAGUAUGUGAACUAACAAUCCUGAGAGUUAACCAGCUCGUACUCUAAUAGUUACGACUUGAGUACAAAUGAUGACAGAAAACACAACGAACUCGCUCUCAUAUACUGUAUUGAAAUUAAGGUUCAGAUUGUAAUAAAGUAAUCAUCAUUAUAUUACAAAUAUCACAGUCAUCCAACAAAUGUAAUUAAUGCUUCGAAAAAAGAAACCCUUUUAAUUUGAAUCCAUCAUAUGAUUCUCAUCAACUUCACUUUCAGUUUGAUUUAUAAAAUAAAAAAAAACAAUAAACAAUCUUUUGCACCACUUUUUCUCCUUUGGAGAGAGAUCAAUAUCUCAAGUCAUUCUAUAUCCUCUGUUGCAAUCUCUUUAAGCCAAGAAAUGGAACUAUGUGUAUAGUCAACUCCUUAUUCUAUGUAACCUAGAACAGUCGGAUUUCACAGAGUGUGCUAUACUUUUAAGCUACUGAAUUUAUAUUCUAAAGUUAUUCCGUUUUUUUGGUAGAGAGCCGAAUCAGUGGUUAAGGCGUUUGACUUUCAGUCACCAAGUCCUAGGUUCGAACCCUGACUCACCUGCUUCAGUUGAGACAACCAUCUAAUAUCACUUACAUUCCUACUUAGAGUUUGGCUCUAAACCAAGUAUAAUGCAGUCUGCACCUGGUGUAAAGAAAUUGAUUUUUUGAUUUUGUGGUGCACCUCCAUGUAAAUUCAACGCAAUUGAUAGGUUAGUGUUUCAUUCCCGAAAUGAUUAUAUCUAUAGACACCACAAAUAUGAAUAACUUUGGAUCCAUGGAAUAAGAUCUUCAGUGAAAAUUACACUUUUAUACACAGAAAUUACUCACUAAAUCGACGGAGAAAUGCCCUGAAAUGCUGAAUAUUCUUCACUUAUUUAACACUGAGAAACGUUUACAUAACGUUGGUCGUUUGAGACGCUUUAUAGAAUUAUUUCUUAUAUUUCCUCAAGAAUGGGAUAUAACACGUUAAAUUAAUUAUAGAGCAAAUCUAUAGUUUUAUUUUCUCUAUAUGUUUAUUUAAAAUUAUUACAGACUGGUACAAUUCAAUGUCUCAGUUUAACUCAUAUGAAUACGAAAAUUACCUUAAUUAUUUUAAUUACACUAAUUUGAGGUUAAACGUUCGUAUGUGAGACUGAUACAUCCUAGGUUCGAAUCUCGCUAGACGGGAUCGUGGAUACGCAUCGCUUAGGAGUUCCAUACUAGAAUGAAAUAGCCGUCCAAUGCUUCCAGGUUUUCUAUGAUAGUCUAACUUUAAUUGACUCAUGAAUUCAACUAAUAAAAUUACUCAAAUCUUUAUAAAACCUCAUUCUGAUAAUAUGAUACAUGACUAUUUUAUUUUCAAUAAAUGAAACAAAAAACAACUCAACUAGAAUAAAAAUAUAUCGAAAAAACAAUGUACUACAUCAUUAUUAUUCUUUAUUUUAUUAUAUAAUGAUUUGUGUUUGGUUAAAUAUUUGACCUUUAUUAGUAAAGGUUUUGUUUUCUUGAUCCAAAUACAAUUAUUGUAGACAAAACAUGGAUUUUGAAAAUAACAUUAAAUAGUGUUAGGUAAAUAAACAAAAUUGUAUUUCUAUUGAGAAUUGUAUCAAUGGAUUAUAAGUAACCAAAAUUCGUUACAAAUCUUUAUCAAUGCUAAUGACAAUCAUAAAAAAAUGUAAUUUGUAAUUAUAAUUAAUAAUAUUGUGAUGUGUGCUACUGAUGUCGAUAGAUAUAAGUAAUAUGUAUCGUCAAUCAAAAGUGUAAUACAUGGAGACAAAAGGUUAAAAAGAUCGAAGCAAGAAAACGAGAACAAAGAAUGAUUAGUAUGAAAACGAAAGAACAAUGAAGUUUAAGACGAUUGACUGAUAUUUACAAUUGAUUGGCAUUCUGUAAAUUAAGUACUUAUUGUAUGAUUCUCAGAUUUUAUUAAGAUGUUCUGUAAUUUUGUAUUCAAAUAUAUUCGAUUGACCCCACUUGUGUUCUCUUCCAUUACUUACUUACACCUGCUACUCCUAAUGGAGCAUAGGCAGCCGACCAGCAUUCUCCAACCCACUCUGUCCUGGGCCUUCUUUUCUAGUUCCAUCCAAUUCUGGUUCAUUUUUCUCAUGUCUAUCUCCAUUUCUCGGCGUAAUGUGUUCUUUGGUCUUCCUCUUUUCCUUUGGCCUUCAGGAUUCCACGCGAGGGCUUGUCUUGUGACGCAGUUGAGUGCUUUCCUCAAUGUGUGUCCCCAUUACAAUAUAUGAAUAGUUAAAUGUAUACAUAUGUACAAACAGUAUACCUGUAUAUCAUUUGAAAGGUCAUCUAUGUUAAUUUCAAAAUGUAUACUCACUUUGAUAACAUUGAUUAGUUAUUAUAUUAUACGUUUUAAACAAAAGCAAAUGUUCGAUAUAUCGAUAAACAGUGCAUGUACUAUGUUGUAUUCGUAGAUUGUUAAAUACUUGUUGGAUUCCAUACGAUCAAAGUUAUGUGAUAGUGAUGAAUGGUUGACAAUGUAACUGCAUAUCCAUGAGUGAUUUUUCAUAAGUUUCUAAAUCGUAAACUGGUCAACCUGUUAGAUCAUGUCAUAUAUACUCACCAAAUCUAGCUUGCUGUGAUUUCCUUGUGUUCUGAAAAUGUUAACAUACUCAUUAGGGAGCAGUAUUAGGAUGAUACGAUAAAAAAAAAGAACUGGCGAGAUAAAUGAAUAGCUUGACUUCUGCAAUGUUCUUCCAUGUAAUCUAAACAGAGAAUAAACAAGUGCACUGCAGUUAAUGUACAACAUUUUGAAGACUAUGCGAUUGAUGUCGGUUAAAUUUCAUAGACAAUUUAAUAGCCUUAAAAAGAAAUUAGUUCACUUGGCUUAUUGAAUGUACUAUAUAUAUAACAAAAUAAGCAUGAAAAAAAACGAAAGAAGUCCAUUGAUUCAUUAGAAAGAAUGAAGACGUUUCAGUGAAGAAAUUUUUUUCUGACGAUAUCAUAUUCUGAAGUUGUACCAUCGUAUUUAUUUUACAUAUAGUAGUCUAUAAUAAACUAGAGCGGUUUAUCAAAGAUAGACUAACUUAUUCAAGUGGAAGUCAGUGAAAAUGAAGUGAUAUCUCAUAAUAUAGUCUAGAUUAUCAAAGAUCUUCAAGUAUUCCAAGUAAUCAUUUGUAAAUAGAAGGGUGUUAUUUCAAUGUAAACAAAGUUUUCAAGUACUGAAUAAAAUGGGGUUGUCAUUUAACACAGUAAUCGAAAAUCAUCAAGAGAUUACGUUACGUAAUAGUUUUAGAAAAAGUAAGAGGUAAUAAUCUUUAGAAUAAAACUUAAUGAUAACUGUCUACUUUAUAAAGCAGGAGAAGAAGAGGAUAAUAAUGAUCAAUUAUAAUUCAUAAAAUUCGUAGAGUUCUUAAGACCAUGAGAGAAUAAGUGAUUAAAUGUGACUCUUCUGUAUGCAGACUUUGGGUUUGAAGUGGUGAAUUGCUAUAGCCUCAUCUGUGCAUAAAUUUCUCAUCCCAACCUUUUUUGAGUUAGUUUUUCUUACUUUGAAGAGGAUUUUGAACACAGACUCGUGUUAUGAUUUGUGACCCAAAUCAACCAUGUGUUCGAGAAUCGAGCUAUUGAUUGUUUUGUAUUACUCCUUUACCAUGCAUGAUAGGGCUCAGAUAUUCGCUUACCAAGUGCACGCUUUGUACGGUCAAUGUAACCUGUUCCACAACAGCAAGUAAACUGAUAGAUGCACACUGAACUGACCCAAAGGUGCAGUUUACAUUUGACACUUCUCUGAAUUAGUUUCUUCCUGGAAAGUACAUUUCGGUGCUCUGUUAAAUAAAAUGUCUUUUUCAAGGAUCUGUUUUUUACUAUAUCAGAUGCCAUAUCUCCCUUGAAUUCAAUGUUCAAGAAUAAAACGUCAUUAGGAACUAUGCGAGUUAUAUCAACUAGAUGUUUUGGUUUUAGGUUACUGUCAAUGAACUUGAGUGAGAAACUAUUUUCCAAAAAAAUUAAAUUCCACAUUAAAAUAGGUGAAUCAAGUUAAACGUCUUAUGAAUAAAAAUACUAGAAAUUGGUGUCUAAACACCUAAGAACACCUUCUCUACCUCUCUCACUCUCUCCCCCCUUUCGUCUAAUAAAUUGACUUAAAGUGAGUUUAUUUAUUUAUUUUCAUUUACGAAUGCUCACUUUGUCAAACACACAUGCACGUAAGUAGGUAUGUAUAUGUAAAUGUGUGUAUGUCCAACUAUACUAAGUAUGAAUAGAUUUUAAAUACAC